AUGUCGUCUCCAUCUGUGGCCAUCGCGGUCGACCCCGUGGCCCUCGUCACUACAGAAUGCAUCGCCGUCACCUCCGCCAUGCGCAAGCACGCCCGCUGGGCGCACUCCUCCGUCGCCGCCAUCCUCGGGGCCAGCAGCACCACGGCCACCACCACCACGGCCACCACGGCCAUCGCCACUGGCACGGGCACAGGCACGGGCAGUGCCUCUCGUGAGCCUCGAUCACGCGUCUCCAAGGCCGACGAAGACUACUCCCUGGCGAAUCGAUGGGGGUUGAGAGGCAAGAAGGGCAAGAGUAUGCAGGACAACCCGCUCAUCUCGGCCUUCACCCGGCUACGGAGCGACCUGAAGGGCUGCAGGGACAUCCACUCCUUCGACACCCCGGCUCUGCUGCACCCGUUCUUGCAGGUCAUUCGAUCGUCGUCUACCUCGGCCGCCAUCACCUCCUUGGCCCUGGUGGCCAUCACCAAGUUCUUCGCCUACAACAUCAUCAGCUGCGACUCGCCCCGUCUCGCCCGGGCCAUGCAGCUGUUGUCCGCCGCCAUCACCCACUGCCGCUUCGAGGCCAGUGACUCGGCCGCCGACGAGAUCGUCCUGCUGCGCAUCUUGAAUUUGAUGGAAGGCAUGCUGUCUCGUCCAGAGGGCAACCUGCUGGGAGACGAGAGCGUGUGCGAGAUGAUGGAGACCGGUCUGAGCAUGUGCUGUCAGGGUCGCCUGUCUGAGGUCCUGCGUCGUUCCGCAGAGAUGGCCAUGGUCAAUAUGUGCCAGGUGAUCUUUGUGCGUCUCGCUCAUCUCGAUACCGACCAGCUGUCCACCGUGGCUGUCGACAAGACAACUCCCCUCAAGUCUGAGGGCUUCAAGAUGGACCCUUCCGUCGACGGAGACACAGUCACCUCCCAGCACCCUUCUGCGCUAGGCGAGGAUACCACCGAGAAGGACCAUGGCAGUUCCGAACGUAGCAGUGCAGAGACUCCUCUCUCUGACAGACAUUCUACUACCCCUGCAACCCCCACCACCACCACCACUAUAGCUGUUGUCGCACCGCCAGACCCGGCUGAUGAUGACGAGCUUGAAGACGUCCAGCCAUACUCGCUCGCCUCCAUCCGGGAGCUGUUCCGAGUGCUGAUCGAUCUGCUCGACCCGCACAACCCCCAGCAUACCGACACCAUGCGCGUCAUGGCCCUCCGCAUCAUCGAUGUCGCGCUUGAAGUCGCUGGCCCGGCCAUUGCCCGCCAUCCUACCCUGGCCGCCCUGGCCGAGGAUGAUCUUUGCCGCCACCUCUUCCAGCUCGUCCGCUCCGAGAACAUGGCCAUCCUCUCCGGCUCGCUGCGCGUCGCCGGUACCCUCUUGCUCACCGCGCGUUCCGUCCUCAAGCUGCAACAGGAACUCUACUUGUCCUACCUGGUCGCUUGUCUGCAUCCCCGCGUCGACAUCCCUCGCGAACCGGGCAUCGACCCGGCCCUCUACGAAGGAGUACCUCAGGCACCCAAGCUGGUCAAACCGGCCCCCUCGGCCUCGCAGAGCAACAGUGGCCGCAACACCCCCGUGCCUGUCAAGGACCGUCAGAAGCUCGGUCUCGAGGGCGGCGCCCGCCGCCCCGAGGCCCGCGAGGCCAUGGUCGAGAGUCUGGGCCUGCUCGCCCGCAUCCCCAGCUUCAUGGUCGAGCUCUUUGUCAACUACGACUGUGAUGCCGACCGCGCCGACCUCUGUGAGGACCUCGUCGGCCUGCUGUCGCGCAACGCCUUCCCAGACUCGGCCACCUGGAGCACCACCAACGUGCCGCCGCUGUGUCUGGAUGCGUUGCUCAGCUACGUCCAGUUCAUCUACGACCGCCUGGAGGACGAGCCCCGUACCGAGGGGUUCCCCGAUCUCGCCCAGCUGCACGCCCAGCGCCGCACCAAGAAGAUCAUCAUCCAGGGGGCUCAGAAGUUCAACGAAAACCCCAAGGCCGGCAUCGCCUAUCUCGCUGCACAGGGCAUCAUCGCCGACCCGAACGACCCGGUCCUCGUGGCGCGAUUCCUCAAGGGAACCACCCGUCUGUCCAAAAGGGUGCUCGGCGAUUACCUCACCAAGCGAGCAAACGGGGCCCUCCUGAACGCCUUCAUCGAUCUCUUCGACUUCUCCGGUCAGACCGUCGUCGAGGCCCUGCGGGACAUGCUCGGCGCCUUCCGCCUGCCGGGCGAAGCCCCGCUGAUCGAACGCAUCGUCACCACCUUCUCCGAGAAGUUCCUUGAAAAGGCUCAUCCCCCGGGCGUCGCCGACCGGGACGCUCUCUUUGUCCUCACCUACGCAACCAUCAUGCUCAACACCGACGCCCACAAUCCCAACAUCAAGGAACAGAACCGCAUGGCCUAUACCGACUUUGCGCGCAACCUGCGGGGCGUCAACGCCGGCAGCGACUUCGCCACGGAGUUCCUGCAGGAGAUCUACGACUCCAUCAAGCAGAACGAGAUCAUCCUGCCGGAUGAGCAUGAAAACAAGCACGCCUUUGACUACGCCUGGAAGGAGCUGCUGAUCAAAGCCUCGUCCACGGGUCCGCUCGUCGUCGGCGACACCAACGUCUUCGAUGCCGAAAUGUUCGAGGCCACCUGGCGGCCCGUCGUCGCCACCCUCGCCUACGUCUUCAUGUCCGCCUCGGACGAUGCCGUCUACUCCCGCGUCGUCAUGGGCUUCGACCAGUGCGCCCAGAUUGCUGCCCGCUACGGUCUCACCGACGCCUUCGACCGUAUCCUGUUCUGCCUCGCCUCCAUCAGCACAUUGGCCGCCGACCCCCCGCCCAGUACUGCCCUCAAUACCGAGGUCCAAGCCGGCCAGAAGAGCGUCAUGGUCAGCGAGCUGGCUGUCAAGUUCGGCCGCGACUUCCGCGCCCAGCUGGCCACCGUCGUGCUCUUCCGCGUCCUGGCCGGCAACGAGUCUGUCGUCCGCCAAAGCUGGCCCUCCAUCAUCCGUAUCCUUCACAACUUCUUUGUCAACUCCCUCAUCGCUCCCUUUGACUCCACUCUCAACGGGGCCCUCGACCUGCCACCCAUCCCCCUCCAGCCGCCCUCGCAGGUCGUCGAUCGUGACGUCCGCCACACUGACACCGGCCUUCUCUCCGCUUUCACUUCGUAUCUGUCCAGCUAUGCUGCCGACGAACCCCCGGAACCUUCCGAUGAAGAGCUCGAUAAUACCCUCUGCACGGUGGACUGCGUCACCGCAUGCUCAAUCGAUGUCAUUCUAGAAAAUCUAAAGUCUCUCCCGUUGUCUUCUAUCAAAUCGCUGGUCGACAUUCUCUUGGCGCAGCUCCCUGAAGAAUCGACCCCCGCCGUCAUCGUGGUCAAGACCGAGCGACCUACCGGUUCUCCACGGCCUUCCAACGGCAAAAUUAAUUCUCACCGACCGACAUAUGAUCCCGGCAUGCUGUAUAUCCUCGAGCUGGCCACUAUCCUCACGCUACGGGAUCGAGAGACGUUGGAGGCCCUGGGCGAGUCCCUAUUGACAUCCCUGCAGACCCUGGUCCGCGGUGCUCGAUCGCUGCACUCGCUCUCUGUCUCGCGUCUCUUGUCUUACCUCCUAAACCUCCUUCGCUUGAGCUAUGACUUGCCAUUUAUGCGGGUCCCCGUCAUCUUGCAUACCAUCUCAAGUUUAGACCAGGACACUCUAGACAGUGCGGCGGUGCCGAUUGUCGCAGGACUGACACGAUGCAUCAAGGCUGCCACCCCGCUGGGCAAUGAGAUCACUGUCUCGCCUGAUCUCUGGUCCAUCCUUCAGCGGCUGCAUCGCCACGCGGACGCCGCCCCGCUAGUGUUCGAGCUGCUGCAGGGUAUUGUCAACUCGACGCCCCCGAUAGUCACGGGAGAUAACUACGAGUCUGCCGUCGGCCUGGCGAGCGAUUUUAUGAGUGCUGGGAGCGUGGGCGCUGUCGAGCAACGACAGCGUGAUGCCCAUGACCGUCGUAGGGGUAAAAAUGCGCAGCCAAGUGAAAACCCAAUCGUCACCCGCGGCGUGGAAGCCAUCAGCGUCAUUCAAGUGUUAAGCAGGCGAGUUCCUGUCCUCAUCAAGCAGUCCCAUCUUGAAGAGACGGAGGCAUGGGCUGCGUAUUGGUCUCCUAUCUUCCAAUCGUUGACGACACAAUGCAUCAACCCCUGCCGGGAGAUCCGGCAUUCGGCGGUGUCUAUGCUCCAGCGGUCGCUGCUCUCAGUGGAGCUCCUCUCGAGCGACGAGCGCGAAUGGACCGCCAUCUUCGACGAAGUCCUGUUCCCGCUGAUCCUGCGUCUCCUGAAGCCGGAGGUCUUCCACUCUGACCCCGCCGGAAUGGGGCAGACCCGCGUCGAGGUCGCCAUCUUGCUCUGCAAGAUCUUCCUACGCUACCUGGACCAAUUGCCCAACCGGGACGGCAUGCUGCCUCUCUGGCUGAAAAUCCUCGACAUCCUCGACCGCAUGAUGAACAGCGGACAAGGGGAUAGCCUCGAGGAAGCCAUCCUCGAGUCCCUCAAGAACAUCCUCCUCGUCAUGGCCGAUGGCGGAUACCUCGUCGACCCGACCAAGGACCCGGCCAAGGAGACCGUCUGGGUCGAAACCCGCAAACGCCUUGAUCGUUUCCUCCCCCGCCUGUUUGACGAGGUGUUCCCGCCUGCUCCUCCUGCGCCGGAGCCCGCCCAGCAGAGUCCUGAAGAGAACAUCUCAGAGAAGAUUCCCGAGGAAGUCCCCGAGGAGGUCCCCGAGGUCCCAGAAGAAAACCGGAGGAGCGAGAGUCCUGAGGCAUAA